ACGAAAGACGCUUUUUUUGGGAACGUUACUGCCAAGAAAAAGGCUGAUGCAGAGCGAUCCAAGACCAGAGUGAACAUGCUGCGUUUAAACGGUGGCUGCAAAGUGACGACACGGUGGCCAUGUUUCUACUGGACCGGAGUUGGGGGUACUGAGUACAAUAUAAGGAAGGAGGGAAGCUGCAUGAAUCACUAGAAGAGGAUGGAGUGAAACUGCAACACUACUGACAUCAGCAGAUCAUUGUACCAAGCCCUCACUAUGUUAUCCAUCCACCUUGUUUUCCUCACCACGCUCCUUGUGGUCCUGAUGGCUGUGCUGACCUCCAGUGCCAGAACCACACGCUGGCCCAAGCCUCAAACCAAGAAGCCCCCUCGAGCUGGAAGUAGCAGCGGAGGGGGAGGUGGAGGUGGUGGAGGACUUGGGAGAACCACCACGACAGCGUCCUCUUCCAGCAGCCAGUACACAGAGGAGACAACUGACAUGAUGAUGGACACAUACUCGUCACUGCCAACAGACAGCACCACCUAUUCUAAUGAUGCUUACUCCACUGAGUUCCAUACAGAUGCCAUAGCACUUCCUGGGAAUACCCUUGGCAACUUUACGCUCGACUACAACGAAUGCUUCUUCAACUUCUGUGAGUGCUGUCCACCAGAAAGAGGUCCUGUUGGACCCAUGGGAGAAAAAGGGCCACCAGGACCACCAGGUGAAACGGGCCCUCCAGGGUUGCCAGGGGUGAACGGAGACACAGGGCCAAGAGGUCUUCCAGGACCAGCAGGACAACCUGGAGCCAAUGGACGCAAUGGUACCACAGGUGAGAAAGGUGAUCAAGGACAUGGGGGUCUUCCUGGUAUCCCAGGGAUCGCAGGAAGAGCAGGAGACAAAGGAGAUCCUGGUCCUAGAGGAGAGAAAGGUGAACGUGGCAUCAGUGGUCUGAAAGGGGACCCGGGAGAAAGAGGAGAGCCUGGCCUGAAUGGGACUAAAGGCAGUACUGGGCAAGUGGGGCCUAUGGGUCCCCCAGGGAUAGGAGGUACGAAGGGUCAGAAAGGUGAACAAGGACCUACAGGUGAGCGUUUACUUGGCCAGAAAGGGGAUGUGGGUGAACCUGGGCCCCGCGGUCCGAAAGGUGAUGUGGGCCCCCCAGGAAUGAAUGGAACCAACGGUGCAAAGGGAGAGGGAGGGGAGCCAGGGCCUCCAGGACAGAGGGGGGAUGUUGGUGCGAGGGGGCCUCCAGGACUUCCAGGUGGGAGGGGUUUGAUAGGGCGGAAAGGGGACAAAGGGCCAAAAGGUGGGCGGGGGCUUCGGGGCCCUAAAGGACAACCAGGUGAGAGCGUGGAGCUUGUUCGCUCUGCUUUCAGUGUGGGCUUGUUCCCCAGCCGGUCCUUUCCUCCCCCUGGUGUCCCUGUGAAGUUUGAUAAGGUGUUUUACAAUGGAGAAGGCCACUGGGACCCAGCGCUCUACAAGUUCAAUGUCUCCCAUCCAGGUCUUUACUUGUUCACUUAUCACAUCACUGUGCGUAAUCGGCCCCUGCGUGCUGCCCUGGUGGUUAACGGGAUGCGGAAGCUGCGGACUCGGGAUUCUCUGUAUGGCCAGGACAUUGACCAGGCGUCCAACCUCGCCCUGCUGCAGCUGAAUGAAGGCGACCAGGUGUGGCUGGAGACGCUGAGAGACUGGAAUGGAAUUUAUUCCAGCACGGAGGAUGACAGCACUUUCUCUGGUUUCUUGCUUUACCCUGAACCAAAACCCACACCAUCACCGCCUCCUGUGGAAAACCAGUAAAACCAGUAAUCAGCUCUCAUUCUAACUUCUUGUAGGCCCUGCACAACUGUCAACCUUCUGCACUGCUCUGUCAAAGGAAAGUGAUUCAGCUAAACAGUACUGCUUCAUUAUCUACUCUCGCCUGUCAUUCUAAUCAAAUCAAAUUGCUUUGCUGGCCUUGCUGUAUUUACAGAUGGAUGGGCAUUAAUUACAGUGUUGCAUGCAACACUUGACACUGCAUUAAAAAUGUCUCUGCUUAAAA